AUGCGGGGCCAGGUGAAAGUUUACAGAGCUCUGUUUGCAUUUGAGCCCAGAACACCAGAUGAAUUAUAUUUUGAUGAAGGGGACAUACUUUAUAUUUCAGAUAAUAGUGAUCCCAAUUGGUGGAAAGGCACAUGCAGAGGUCGAACAGGAUUAAUUCCAAGUAACUAUGUUGCUGAACACGUAGAAUCGAUUGACAAUCCGUUACAUGAAGCUGCCAAACGCGGGAAUGAAAGCUGGUUAAAGGAAUGUUUAGAAAACAGAGUGGCAGUGAAUUCUUUGGACAAAGCUGGAAACACAGCUCUUUAUUGGGGUUGUCAUGGAGGACACCUGGGAAUAGUAAAGCUUCUGCUUUCCCAACCAAAUAUCGAAUUAAAUCAACAGAAUAAAUUGGGAGAUACGGUUGUGCACGCUGCUGCAUGGAAGGGGUAUGAAGAUAUCCUAGAGUUAUUACUUUUGAAAGGUGCCCGAAUAGAUCUGAAAAACAAUGAGAAAAAAGUGCCGCUUGAUAUGGCUACCAAUCCACAAUGUUCUUCUCUUCUUAAGAAGAAAUCUGGGCAAGGUAUCAUAAUGGCUGCAGGUAAUGCAGAGGAAUAUCUUGACGAUGAGGACUCUGAUUAGAACACAUCCAAAGUUGGAGCGUCAAACGUAUCAAUAUUCCAUUGGUUUGUAUGUUGAGUAUGUUUUGCUUGCAGUUUUAUGAUAACAAUGGGGGGCCAAAGUUCAUGAAAUUCAGGACAGAAAUACAUGAUUAUCAUGGAAUGGUCAUACUUUUGUGUUGAUCAUCAGAUUUCGAUUUAGGCAACCAUUCGGAUUUUUUCUCAACGCUCACUACCCCUACCCUACACCCCCAACCGAAUAUAAAUGAGUUUGUAUUGCAAGUUUUUUUAAUUGGAAGAAUUGGAUUGAGAGCAAUUGAAUUAAUUUUAAACAUAUAACAUAUGGAUUUAAAGCAAACUUUUGUAACAAAAUUGACAUACUCAAUUAAUUUUAUUGUCGAAUGCUUUUUAAAAUAAUAUAUGCAACCUGACAAUCAAAUAAAUGUGUUUAAAAAUCAGUUACUGUACUUUUUUCUCUGCAAAUUUCCAUGCAGGCUAAUGUACAUAUUUAAUGCAUUAUGCUAUAAAAUGUUUGUUUGUCUAAUCAGCACAAGGCACAAACCAUAAGUUAUUUUCUCCUACAUAACCGUAAUGCUCCAACCUUAGCUGCAAAAAACUUGGAUAUAACUAUUCGUUGUAAAAUAACAAAAGCAGUUUAAUGGAUAAUUUAAAGUAUCUUGGGAUAACAUUGGAAUUAAAUUUUCAUACACAACCUACUUCCAACAGCUGCCAUAAUUCUGCUGUAUUCUAUAUAUCCUAUAAAGAAUUGCCUUGUGACUACAAGUAUGAACUUAAUGUAUGAAAUACAUAUUUGUGGGGCUUCUUAAUUUACUACUGAUUGCCAUAUAAAGCUGAUGCAAACAAAAUGUUUUUAUGCUACUGUGCCUUCUGAAAGUGGUGGACUGGCUGCUGAGAUGAUUUAGUGAAGAGUAUUAUAGCAUAUUACAUGCUCCUUCUCGCAUUGAAACUAUCAUUACACUGUAUCGUUGCAUACUUCCACCAAGUAUUUUGAUUCUGAAAAAAUCUCAUUAGGAAUAAGUAAAAAAACAAUUUAACUUGAUAUGUGGCACUUUUUUGGUUUUUCACAAGUCAUCAUUACCAUUAUAUUGCUAUUUUUUCCACAGUCAUUGUUAAAAAGAUAUAAAUGUAAAUAUUUUUGAAUACCCAUAUUUGGACUCGUAAAAAUCAGUUGAAAUAUAAAAUGAGCCAUUACAUUUGCUUAUGGUUUGAAUACUGUACUUUUACCUCAUGAUCAUGUUCAAUAUACAUUAUUGAAAAAUUGUACUAAGACUAUAUGAUUAUUCUCCUCUUGCCUUGCUUUGGAACAAGGAGAAGCCCCAGUGGUAGAUAAAAUAUGAUUAGAUGGUUUUGCCCAAUUUCCAAUAUGUUGAAUAUGUAGGCACUUGCCAGCAUUGGAAAGAGAACAAUGACACCACAUGAUUAGACCAACACUCUGACAGAUUAUAUGCUUGGCCUCGUUCAAUAAAAUAAAUUUAAAACUGGAAUAAUGGAAAAACCUCCGAUAUCUUGAUAAAUAAAACUAUACAUCUGCCUUACACUGAAGUGUCCUGGCUGUUAUUAUCGCUCAGAUCAGUGUGUAUCUUGUCAUUUGGUCACCAAAGCGCAUUUGUUACUUUUUAUCUCUUUUAAUUAGUUUCAUCUGUUAUGUGUUGCAAUCGUAAAUAUAGAAACUUAAAGAAUUACAAAUCUGAUCUCUGACAAAAGUUAAACUUCCAAAAAUGUCUUAUUCAGUGUUUUUCUAAUUAUUACGCUUGUAUCCAGUGAAAAUUGUGCAUUGUAAUUUUAAAUAUUAGAUGUCAACAUACCCUUUCUACAAAUGUAAGAUUUUAAGCCCUAAAUGACCUUUGCCGGUAUUGAAUAUCUGGUCAAUGAUCGGUCGCGUAAAAACUUUAAAGUGCAAUUUUGAAUAUUUUGCAACAUAAUUUAAGAAUUGUGAUGUCAGUUCCUCAUUCUUUAGUUCUGUACUUGGAAUAAAUUUUGAAGAAAAUAA